AGGGGGGGUGAGAGCUUGGCUCUCUGCAUUGGAACAGUCCUCUCUAAUGAGGCGAUUUUCUGACAGAGCAGGAGAGAGAGAGCCACAGAGAUCCAGCCGCCAGAGGAGACUGUAGGACCAGGACGGCGAGCGGCCGGGCAAGCUGUGCGUCAGCCGGUGCUCCACAGGGAAACAUGGAGACGAGCAGGGGAUGCUGAGGAGGAGAACGGAACAGGAUCCUAUAGAUGGAUGCUACUUCAUCAAGCAGGCAACCUGACGGCAACCCACGCAGAGGAUAAACCACUUAUGGACGGAGUGGAUUAAAGACCUACUGACAGAGAGAGAGGGUGGAACAGAAGAGGAGAAAUUAAUCAGUUGUUUAUUUUGUCUGUGUGUGCGCACUUUCUGUCAGAAAGAGCGUGUGCCUGCAUAUAUUAUAAGGCAGGAGACUGCAUUGCUGCUCUCCGGCUCCACAGGAGCGACGGCAGCAGGCGGCUGAAUAUCUGAUGUGUUCUCUCAUCUCCCUCUGAAUGCAUGUUUUUUGGCAGCUCAGAGACGAGAGCGUCAGGAAAACGUCUGAAGGGAGUCACAGAGAACGACUUUUCUUCUUCUUAUCACUGGAUUUGAAGAUAGAAUCAUCUCAGAGGAGGAGAGUCGAUACCUGUCCGUCUGCGGGGCCUCGCUGCUGCUGCUGCUGAUCAGGGUGGUGUUUAUGCUUGAGGUCUGCCAGGGAAACUUCUCGGCUCUGCCCCCCAGAGAGGUGGAGGCAUUAUCAGGUAGGAGGCGGGUGGGCCCAAGCGAGAAGCAGGAGAGUAGGAGGAAGAGUUGUGUGUCUGUGUCAUAGUCCGUGUGGGCAGGCUGCUUGGAGGCCGGCGGUGGUUGAAACUCCGGCUGAGAGGGGGUAAUGGCAGCUCGGGCCCCUCUCUCAUCCUCUGUCACCUGCCUGAGGCGCAGAAACGCCGAAAAGUGCUAACCAAAGCUGCUCAGAGCCCACCGAGAGGAUGGUGUGAAGAGCCGCCCGUCCCACCUGUCCGGCCGACCCCAUAACAUCUGCAGGGGUUCAGUUCUUCACCAAACUCUGAGCUUGUUGACAUCAGAAGCAGCGUUUCUCGGUCUGUGUGGGAGUCCUCCUCCCACUCCUCCCUCCUUCUCACUCCCAGCCCACAAACUCCACUUCAUGGACUGUCUCUAGCACCAAACUGCCCGUCCUUUUCCUCCCUCUCUUUUCUUUUUCUUUUCUUUUUCUUUUUGUUGAGGCUUCAGGGGAAUUGCCAAGACCUGUUUCAUGCAUGUCCACUGGCGGCAGGUUCAACUUUGACGAUGGGGGGUCAUAUUGUGGAGGGUGGGAAGAGGGCAAGGCACACGGCUAUGGGAUCUGCACCGGACCGAAGGGCCAGGGCGAGUACUGCGGCUCCUGGGCCCACGGCUUCGAACUGUUGGGGGUCUACACGUGGCCCAGCGGGAACACCUACCAGGGCACCUGGGCUCAGGGAAAGAGACACGGUGUGGGCAUUGAGAACAAAGGCCGUUGGGUGUACAAGGGGGAGUGGACGCACGGCUUUAAAGGACGCUACGGCGUACGGGAGAGCACGGGGACGAGCGGGAAGUACGAGGGCACCUGGAACAACGGGCUGCAGGACGGAUACGGAACGGAGACGUACUCGGACGGAGGUACGUUUCAAGGCCAGUGGGUCGGCGGGAUGCGACAUGGCUACGGCGUCCGUCAGAGCGUCCCGUACGGCAUGGCGGCCGUCAUUCGCUCCCCUCUGCGAACCUCCAUAAACUCUCUCCGCUCCGGCUCGGAGCACAGCAACGGCACAGCUCUGCUGGAUCGAACGGGGGCCAUCGUUCCCGGUCCCCCGACGGUUCCCGGGACGUUGACAACCAGCGUCUCCAUGUGCAGCACGGGGAGCAGCGGCAGCAGCCCCGCCGUGUCCCGCGGGGGGUUCGUGCUGACGGCCCACAGUGAGGCUGAGCUGCUGAAGGGGAAGAGAAAAAGCGGGCUGUUCCGCAGAUCCAUCCUGUCCGGACUCAAGCUGAGGAAGUCUGAGUCCAGGAGCUCGCUGGCCUCGCAGAGGUCCAAGCAGAGCUCGUUCAGGAGCGAGGCGGGGAUGAGCACGGUGUCCUCUGCUGCGUCUGAUGUCAACUCCACCAUCAGCCUUGGAGAUGCAGAUGCAGAGUUGGCUGUCGCCGACGAUGACGUGGACGCCACAACAACAGAGACCUACUGCGGGGAGUGGAAGAACGACAAGCGGACCGGUUUUGGAGUGAGUCGGCGCUCAGAUGGGCUGCAGUACGAGGGCGAGUGGCUCAGCAACAAACGGCACGGCUACGGCUGCACCACAUUUCCAGACGGAACCAAAGAGGAAGGGAAGUACAAGCAGAACAUCCUGGUGAGCGGGAAAAGGAAGAACCUGAUCCCGUUACGUGCCAGCAAGAUAAGGGAAAAGGUGGACCGGGCAGUGGAGGGGGCGCAAAAGGCAGCAGACAUCGCGCGGCAGAAGGCCGAGAUUGCUUUGUCAAGGACGGCCCAUGCGCAGGGUAAAGCAGAGGCGGCAGUCGCUGCAGCUCAGAAAGCUCAAGAGGAGAGUCGCAUGGCGAGGGUCACCGCCAAGCAGUUCUCCCCUUCCUUCCAACACCCUGGAAACGCAGGUAUGGAAGUGCAGCGUCCCAAACGUCAGGUGUCCAGCGAGGUGGAGGGCGAGGGCCUCUCAAGCAGCGCCGGCACAGCCGAGAGUCCUGACCUCUACAUGAAGAGCGUGGGCUCCGAUGACCCCUCGAUCGACGCUGUGACCCCCGAUCUCAGCCCGCCCUCCUCUUCCCCGCCCCAUACGCCCCCUCCGCCUGCGCGGCCAUCCCAGCGCAGCAAGAGUGCCCGUUUUCACCGCCAGACUGCCGUGGACCACGGGGACAAGGGAAAAGAGGGAGGUGACCGAGGAGAAAAAAGUGGGGGUGGAGGUCAGUUAGAGAUCCAGGUGUGGAUGGAAGGAGGGAGCGGGGGAGGGGAUGGAGGAGGGAAGGGGGAGUACACCCGGGCCAACAGCUGGAGCGAGGACAAGAGGAGGGGAGUCUUUCCAAAAGGAGGUGGUGGGGUCAGUGGGCGUGGAACGAGCCGGACCAAUGGACACAAACACAGCUCCUCCAACCACAAAUCACGGGAACAUGGCUCGUCUAAUCACAGACAAGCUAGGGGGGAUACGUGGACAGAGUCAUCCUCAUCUGCCACCUGGACAUCUGGGCACAGGGGCGUGCACGGAAGGGGCGGUCGGCUACUGGAGCAGGAUGAGGAGAAAAUUAGCAACUACGAGAUGGAAAUGAAACCUUUACAGCCCAGAGCCUCCUCUACCCACAAGCCCCAUGGGCACGGGGAGGACAGGCACGGGGAGGAGCGAACCCACGGCACGACGCGACAGAGGAAUAAGAACCGAGAAGGGAGGGAUGGAGGGAAGGACUCAGUGCACAAGCUGGACAGACUGGGGGAUAAGGUGGAUUCACGGCCUCUGCGCAGGGACCUCACUCUUUCCCCCCCUUUGAAAUCCUCUCCCAUCAUACCAGAGCGGCAGGACAACAGCCUAACACAAAGCAAAGGCAACACGGCCUACAGCUCCAUCCUGGUCGCCAUGGUGAUUCUGCUCAACAUUGGAGUGGCUAUUUUGUUUAUACACUUUUUUAUUUAAAGACAGCACUGCUUCAAGAGUCAACUAUGCUAUCAAUUCUUCUGAGUAUUAGGGCCAAUCUGCUGCCCCUGUCUGCGCCCAGAGACGAAGGAUGAGGACCCAGGAGGGCUCUCAGCUCGGUCCUGUCCCUUUGGAACCACAAAGAAGACAGAAGAACAGAGGAACGGUCCAAAAAAAACUGGGCUACGAGGAGAAAAGGCUGUCCAGAACCUGGGCUUGAGCUUCAACGGCUCCACACAAGUAGCCGAUCUGGCUCUUCGAGCGGCGAGCGUGCAGACAGAACUGACGAACUUUUUCCUUUCAAAUCAUAGUUUUCAACAGAUUUGUAUCUUCUGGUUUAUUUAUGGAUGUUACCUCUCAUGUACAAUAUGAUGAUGGCUCUAUUCUUUAUUUUUUAACCUCUUUGUAAAACUCCAGCCUUUUUAUUUAUUUAUUUUUUAGUUCCUCGUCCAGCCCGGCUGUUGUUACUGAUGGUCCACAUUCAGUUGGCUGACAGAGCUCCGUCUCCAGGCCUCCUCAUGUCUCACCCCGCACGGGAUUUGAUGUUAUCCACAUCCGCCGCGUUCGCACGUUGAUUCUCCUCGGUGACCGAUGAGGCUCUGAGCAGACGCGUCCAGCCCGCAAGCAUCAGCCGUGUCUCUUCCUCCCACUCCCACCUCCACACACCAGUCGAGGACAGAGCUUCCUCUUAAGCUGGAGGAUGUUGGAAGCAGGUCAUCCUCGGUGAAGCCCUGCGCCUACUCCACGCAAAUGUGGCUGCAAAGGCUUUAGAAACGUAGAUCGCUAAAAAGUAGAAAAACUGUUCAGUUCCAGGUGAUUAUCUCUGAGUCACACUGGUUGAUUUUUUUGGCUAAAGAUGUCGAGUGAAUCGAAUGAACCAAAAUUGACUAUGAAUCUUAUGGGCAACCGUAUCGUUGUUAAAGUGAAUCAUUACACCUCAAUUUAGGAGCAACAGAGCAGCUAGUUUUGUAUUGUUUGCAUUCCCCAACAUCAAAAUGAAGUCGCAGAUGCUUCUGUCUCAUUUUUUUGGUUCUUGACCAGCCUCUGUGUCCGUUGCCAUCGGUAACAACCUCCUGGACAGCUGGCAGGUUUCUCCUUUUUUAUUUAUUUAUUUUUUGUAAGUCAGAUGGCUCAUUUGUGGUGCAUCUUCACCUGCAGCAGCUCAGUCCAAGGUGCCUGCAACCUUUCACACGUAAAUAUUCUUGAUCUCAAGGCGGGUUGCAGACUCAAACAGGUCCAGGAGGCUCUGCUGUGUGCCGUCCAGGUGGUGAGGAUGCCGUGCACCACCUUGUUCAUCUGCAGCAUGCUACAGCAUGCCGAGCUCUCCUUAUAGUUUGAAUCUCCUCUCUCUCUCUCUCUCUCUCUCUUUGUUUUCUUUCUUCCUUUCUUUCUUGGAAACACUGUUUUGUUUUUCAGUUGUGUGGAGAAAAUAAUGAAAGUGUUUCAAAGAAACCCACUGUCCUCC